AUGCAGAGUGAAUCAUCCAAUAAAGGUCCUAUUUAUGAGCCAGCACCAGACUAUGACAAUGAAGAAACUCCCGAUGAUAAUCAGCAGGAUGCUUCACAUGCUGAUGCUACCUCGUUUGACCCAACGUAUCAGCAACAAACUGGGAACGCUCCUCAGAUAGCACGGCGCAGUUCAUCAAUCUCCAGUCCUAAACCGCAACGACGUGCCACAUAUGAUACAUCUCGGUCUCCAUCAACACAACGUCGCGCUCAACCGACCAAUACAGUCCCCCAAAGCACACCUCCACCAACAUUCUCACCAGCACGUUUGCAAUCGACAUCAUCAAACACAACAAGUCCCCAACAGUCGCCUCAGAAUACCAUGCAAUUGCGAUACUCUUCAUCUCCUGAGAACCAGUCCCGAUUCGACUAUUCCAAGGUGGUUGUUCAAGAAGUAAAGCAACGACCACAACAUAAGGAUAUGGCCGAAUACAUCCGAGCGAUUGGUGGUGUACCUGUUUUGCCACCGUUAGUCAUGAGCUCUGCGUUGGAUGGUGGAAAGGUAAGAGCUGGUGAUAAUUUGGCAUUUCGACGCCAUGUCGCAAAUCAUCGUGCAUUUGAUACACUCAACUCAUUUAAAUCAUGUGAAUCAUGUCCAAUAUGUAGAGCGAUGAAUGAAGGUUCGAUUUCAUUAGAAGAAGCUGCACGAUUACCGAAACACGCACACGAAUCAGCUCAACCAUCGAAAAUCACAAGUGGUGAGGCAUUUGAGAAUUUCAAACAAGAUGUAUAUGCAGAGCUGGACAGACUCGAUGAUUAUGUAACUGAGGCGGCACAAGAAGGAGAAGAAGUUUACGAAGGCAAUGGUAGCGAUGAAGAUGCUCCGCGUGAGCCUAACAUACCACUCGAAAUGAAUCGAAAAGCGCAAGCGAUUCUCGAUUUUGCUGCUGGCAAUGACGCUGAAUUGAUUCCUUUCUGCUGGAAUAACUCAGUUGAACUUAUGUAUGGAGUGUUGAGUACGACUCACCUAUUGAUAAGGAUAUCAGUGUUGGGCAAUAGCGCGCCAUUCGCGCUACAAGCGGAGCUGCAUUUUUCGGUUGCGUAA